AGAAGCCCAAAUCCUAUGGUAAAAUGACGCCCAAAUCCUAUGGUAAAGAGAAGCCUAAAUCAUACGGCAAAGAGAAACGUGUAUCAUAUUGUAAAGAGAAGGAUGAUUUUGAAGAGGAGUGGGAGGAUGAUGGAGAAGAGGAUGACGACGAGGAACUUGAGAUAUCCGAAGAUGAAGAUGGGGAAGUUCAGCCUGGAAUUACUAAGUUCAUAGAUGGUUGUAACGCAUUCAGAUUGGCGUUCAAGAAGAUACUAAAGAAGUCUGCUUCUGAUGAUAUACUGGGCCCUGUCUUAUCGGCACACAAGAAGCUUGUUGCAGAGAAGCUUGCUGAAGAAGAUGUAGAGCGAAAGGUUAAGGGGGAGGCAAAAAAGGAGAAACACUUGAUAAGAGAAAAGGGACAUGUGAAGCCUGAAAAUUUCUUGGACUCCCAUGAAAAGUCUCUAAUAGAAGUUGCAACAAAGGGAGUUGUCAAGUUAUUCAAUGCUGUUAACAAAGCACAACAUGCUCAAAAAGGGUUAAAUCCCUCAAGGGAAAAAGACGAGAAAGCAAUAAAGAAGCGACGAAGAGAAGUCUUUUUCUCUGAAUUGGGCAAGACACCAUCACAGACAGCUGUAUCAAAGGCUGGUGCAUCCAAUUCUUUGAAUGAUGAAGGUCCCUCGUGGGCUCCUCUACGUGAUAAUUACAUGCUGGCUAAUCCCAAGUUAAAGGACUGGGAUAAGAAUCCGGACACAACUGUUGCAGACGAUGCUAGGAUGUCAGCCGAUUCAGAUUCAUCUGAUGAUGAAUAAGUCCAGUGAAAGUUUGAUGUUCAAACCAUCUGCUUCAAACAUAGUGGGAUGCGAACACAUCUUUAAUGCCAGGAAGUGGAAUGCCUAGGCAUAUUCAAGCUAAUGCGGGAGCAACUUUCUAAUGUACAGAGAUCCUCCUGUUGUUAACUGAUGCAGUUUUGUUAUUAAAGAGAAGCUUUAUGAACUGGCUUCUGCAAUCCUCUUUAAGAUACGAGGUUGGAGAUAUUAUUUUCGAGUUCUCUUCAUUUUUUAUCCAUUCUUCUGCUAAUAUGGAUAUAUAUACUGGUGUUUGAAAUGUCCUAGUAUUGCACUAGGUUGAUUUUAGCAUAGUGAAAUCACGUCGCAUAGUCUUGUGUUCUCAAGAUAGUUUUACCAAAGACAAUUCAAGUUUAGAAUUGGUUUAA